AUGUCUCAAACAGUUAGUCAGUUCAUCUUCUUCCGCGUCAAACCAUCCGUCAGGCCCGAGGAGGCGUCCAGCGACGAAGGAUUAGCAUUGACGAGGGCUUUCAACAUUACCAAAAGUCAAAGCGGCCACAAGGACUCCGCCUGGGGACGCGUGUGCGAAGAUACGGACACCAUUGCCUGGGUUGUAGAGUGGAACGACGCCCGCAGCACGGCAGAUCUUCGACUCCUCGAUCCCCUCUUAGCCACAGAGAACCCGCGACCGGUGACGUCGCUCUAUGUGACAUUGAGCCCGCCAAUCUCCGACACUGAAACCCUGACCAAGAACCGUGUGACCGAGCUGUGCACGUUGCUUUUCCCGGGCGACUAUGACGUGGCAGAUUUGAGGGAGCUGAAUGCAGACUUGAACAACUUUCGCACUGCGCUUGUCGAGCAGCUGCCGCCGUCAGCGGGGCCACGAUCCUGGUCCAUGGGGCAUGUUGACAGGCCUAGUAAGGUGCCACACGAACGUAGUCCGGAUGGGCAGGCCUUUAUGCAUUUUCUCGCCGUUGGCUGGGAUAGCAUACACGCUCAUAUGAAGGCCAAAGAGACGGAUGAAUUUAAGAAAAGUAUUGCGCCCUUGAGGGAGAAGAUGCUGGGGCCGAUUCCUGGCUUGGAGCUGAAGCAUGUUAGUUUCCAAAAGAUUUGA